AUGCCUCGACCGGGGAGGAACACGUACAGCGACCAGAAGCCCCCGUACUCCUACAUCUCCCUCACGGCCAUGGCCAUCCAGAGCUGCCCGGAGAAAAUGCUCCCCCUCAGCGAGAUUUACAAGUUCAUCAUGGACCGGUUCCCGUACUACCGGGAGAACACGCAGCGGUGGCAGAACUCCCUGCGGCACAACCUGUCGUUCAACGACUGCUUCAUCAAGAUCCCCCGCAGGCCGGACCAGCCCGGUAAGGGCAGUUUCUGGGCUCUGCACCCGAGCUGCGGCGACAUGUUUGAGAACGGGAGUUUUCUGCGGCGCAGGAAGCGCUUCAAGGUGGGCAGCAUGCAGGCCACGGACCCGCUGGCGCCCAGCAAACCGCAGGACGCAGCCCAUUACCUGCAGCAGCAGGCCAAGCUGCGGCUCAGCGCGCUGCACGCCGCCGCGCAACUCCCACAGAUGCCGGGCGGAUACAACCUGAGCUCCGUGUCUCAGCCCUCCAGCUUCAAACACCCGUUCGCUAUCGAGAACAUCAUCGCCAGAGAGUACAAGAUACCGGGCGGUCUGGCGGCCUUCUCCACCACAGGGUACCCGCUCCACAACCAGCUGACCCCGGCCUGGCCGCACAUGUACGGCUCCGGGAUGAUGGACACCGCGGCUCCCAUUUCCAUGGCCCCCAGCGACUACUCGGCCUACGGCAUGCCGCUCAAGUCCAUCUGCCACAGCGGGCAGACUUUGCCCGCCAUUCCGGUGCCCAUCAAACCCACGCCCGCCUCAAUGCCGGGCCUGCCCGGGCUGCCCACACACAUCCCGGCUUUCCUCGCGAACUCGCCCCAGUCUCUGAGCCCCACCUCCCCGCAGACAGCUACCGGACAAAGCAGCCCGGCCGCGCCCGGAGAGGCGCUGCCGUCCUCGGCCUCGCUGCAGUCCGCGGUGGCGGUGCACUGA